GGGAAAAUUCGCCUCGGCCUCUGCCCAGGCGGGACUCGGCGCCGAGCACAGCCCGGACCUGCAUUUCAAAAUGAGCAAGAAGAUUGCCCAGCUCACGAAGGUAAUAUAUGCUUUGAACACUAAAAAUGAUGAGCAUGAAGCUGCCAUCCAAGCCCUUAAGGAUGCUCAUGAAGAAGAAAUUCAACAAAUUCUUGCAGAAACGAGAGAGAAGAUCUUGCAGUAUAAAAGUAAAGUAGCGGAAGAAAUGGAUCUUAAGAGAAAGAUCCAGGUUUUAGAAGAGUCGCUGGAAGAUCAUAAAAAGAUGAAACAUCAGGCCUUGACAGAAUUUGAAGCUUAUAAGGAUAGAGUUGAAGACAUGCAGCUUUGUGCAGAAGCUCAGCAUGUCCAACGUGUAGUGACCAUGUCAAGAGAAGUAGAAGAGAUUAGAAAGAAAUUUGAGGAAAGACUACGAAGUUUCAUACAGUUGCAAGUGCAGUAUGAGAAGGAUAAGCGUUCAGCUCUGGAAGACUUGAGAGCUGCACAUAGGCUUGAGAUUCAGGAGCUUCUGAAGACUCAGCAGAGUCAGAAUGCUACGUUAAGUAAGGGGCAAGAAAAGCUAGAGGAACUGCAUAGACUGGAGCUGGAAGAUUUAAACAGUAAAGUUGAAGAGUUAAGACUAGAAAGAAAAAAACUCAUUGAGGACUAUGAAAGCAAACUCAGCAAAGCUCAAUCCUUUUAUGAACAUGAACUUGAUUCUUUGAAAAGAUCUCAGCUUUUUACAGCUGAAAGUCUGCAUGCUUGCAAAGAAAAAGAAGUGGAGCUAAGAAAAGAAUUUCAAAACCAGGAAAGUAUUUUACGGAAGAAUCUGGGAAAGCUUAAAACUGAAUUGCAAAUGGUCCAAGAUGAAGCUGCAAGUCUACGGGAAAAAUGCCAAAAACUUCAGAUAGCUCUUGGUACAGCCGAAAACAACGUACAGGUUCUUCAAAAACAACUAGAUGAUGUGAAGGAGGAGGAGAUGUCAUUGUUAAGCAAACACAAAGAAGUGGAAAGUGAGCUAGCAGCUGCUAGGGAACGCUUACAGCAGCAGGCCACUGAUCUUGUUCUCAAAGCCAGUCACAUUGGAAUGCUUCAGGCUACUCAAAUGACUCAAGAAGUUACAAUCAGAGAUUUGGAAUCAGAAAAGUCUAGACUGAAAGAAAAACUAUCCCAACUGGAAGAGGAAAGAAAUUUACUGCAAAGCAAAACACAGAGCCUGGAUGAGCGACAAAGGCAGCAGAUUUUGGCAUUGGAGAAGAAAGUAAAUGAAGCAAGGGAGACGCAACGAGAGUAUUAUGAGAAGGAGCUGGUAAAAUUGCAGGCGAGACUGGAAGGAGAGGCUGCACAGUUAAAGGAGGCUCAUUCUAAGACCUUAGAAGAAUUGGCGUGGAAACACCAUACUGCAAUAGAGGCUGCUCACACUAGUGCUAACAAGGAUAAGAAAAAACUGCAGAUGGAGUUGGAGCAGCAGUUUGAGAAGGAAAAACUACACCUGGAGGAGGAUAAGAGUCAGCUUCGACAGCAGCUGGAAAACCUGCGGGAAGAGCUAACAACCAAACUGACUUCGGCCAAUCAAGAGGUGUGUCGUCUACAAGACCUAGUAAGAAAAAGCGAGCAAGGCCUUGGUACUGCAGAAGGACAUAUUUCCAGUCUUCAAGAAGCUCAGGAAAUACUCCAAAAAGAGUUAGAAUUAACUAGAGCAAGACUGCGAGAAACCACAGAUUCGUUGUAUAACGUUGAGGGAGAACUAGAUCAGGAGAGACAGCAGCAUGAGGCAAUGAUUGCUGCCAUGAGAGAGGAGGAAAAGUUCAAAGUUGACAGAAUGGCCCGUGACUUGGAAAUAAAAUGGACAGAAAAUCUUCGACAGGAAUGUAAUAAGCUUCGUGAAGAGCUGAGGCUUCAGCAUGAAGAGGAUAAAAAGGCAGCCAUGACUCAGCUCUUGCAGCUGAAAGAACGUGAAAAAAAUGCAGCCAGGGACGGAUGGCAAAAAAAGGUUGAAGACCUUUUAGAUCAGCGGCACAGUCUCGGUGAAGCUUUGCAUAAAUCUAUCAGCAAUAUCUCAUUGCUGAAGCAAAAUCUGGAGAUGCAGCUUUCCCAGUCUCAGAGCUCUUUGCAACAGCUACAAGCCCAAUUCAGUCAGGAACGACAGAGGCUGACUCAGGAGAUCCAGGAAUUAGAGGAAGAGCAUCAGCAAAGGCAUAAGUCCCUCCAAGAAGCGCACAUACUUGCGUUUCAAAAUAUGGAAGAAACAAAAGAACAAGAGCAAAAGGAGUUAGAAGAGCGUUUACAGCAAAAGCAUUCUGAAGAACUUCAGGCACUGAAAGAAACACAUAAACAAGCCAUGGAAGGCUUCAAACUGGAGAUGGAACAGGAACUUCAGACUCUUCGAUUUGAGCUGGAAGAUGAAGGAAAAGCUAUGUUAGCUUCCCUGCGCUCAGAGCUAAACCAUCAACAUGCAGCAGCAAUUGACCAGCUAAGGCACAACCAUCAGCAGGAGUUGGUAGCUGCCAAACUGGAACUUGAAAGAAGCAUAGAACUCGGCAGACGACAGGAGAAAGAAUUUUUGUGCCGAAUAUCAGAUCUACAAGAUGAACUGAGACACCGAGACCAUCAUAUAGCUGAACUGGAUAAAGAGAUUCUGCAUCUUCAUGAGAAUAUAAGUGCACUGACCAAGGAACUGGAGUUUAAAGGGAAAGAAGUUCUUAGAAUACGCAGUGAAUCCAACCAACAGAUCAGUUUAGAAGAAAUGGAAGAAAAAUAUAAAAACAGAGAAUCAAGACCAGAAGAUUUGCAGCUUAUCUCAGAGCUGAAAGACCUAAUUGCAGAGAGGGACCAGCUCAUAAAGAAAUUGAUUGAGGACAAAAAAUUCUAUCAACUGGAGCUAGUUAACAGGGAGACUAACUACAACAAAAUGUUUAAUGCAAGCCCUAAUGUUGGUGUUAUUAAUCCAUUGGUGAAGCAAAAGAAGAAGAAUGAUAAAUCGACAAACAGGUUUGUGAGUGUCCCCAAUCUAAGUGCUCUGGAAUCUAGCGGAGUGGGCAAUGGACAUCCUAACCGCCUGGACCCCAUUCCUAACUCACCCAUCCACGAUAUUGAGUUCAACAGCAGCAAACCACUACCACAGCCAAUACCACCCAAAGAGCCCAAGACGUUUUUGAGCCCUCCUCAGACUGAAGCUUCACCAGUGGCUUCACCAGAUCCCCAGCGCCAAGAGUGGUUUGCCCGUUACUUCACAUUCUGAGAGGAGAUUUGUUUUUGUGGCACAGUGUAGUGUGGACUUCUUUUUAUAAGAGCAUGACCUUAAGUAAACCCUUCUGUGAACAAGCUUUCCUGUAAUUUGUCAAACACUGUGAAUGAGAGAGUAUUUGUCUUUCUGAUUUGAAAAUGCACUGUAUUUCACGUGAUAUUUGUUGGAAUCACUUGACAUGGUACUUAUAUAACGUGUGUAAUUAUAACUAUUAUUUUUAUUUAAAAUGGAAGAAUCUUUAAACUUUGUAAUUACUACACAAUAAAUUUUGGUAGAACAAACAAUGAUUUCCCCUUUUUUCCUAUGAAU